UAGAAGUAGUACAUACUUUACCGUAAGUACUGCUGUUUGGUUGGCUAGCGCAAUUGAAUUGUUGUCUAUGAUGAGUACAUUUACAUUAUUUUGUGCAAUAUUGAAACCUGGAGUUCUGUGAUUGAGAAAAUAGACAUUGGACAUGCGUAUACCAUUUUGCACCUUAGGUAUCCUCGUGUCGAUAAUAUUGAUAGCCAUAAUAGUUUUUAACGCAUUGACCUCAAUCAUUACGGUACAAUUCUAUGGUGACGUUCUUUCUGAUUUCGUAGCCACAAUGAAAUAUCAUAAUACGCCACUUUUUCUGUUUCUAAAUGUAAUAUUUGUAGGAUUAAUAGGCCGUCCUUCAGUGUAUGCUACUGACAUUGUAGUCAGUAGUAUAUAUUGUAACCUAAAUAACUAGCUAGCUACAGUGAGCUAGAACACAAGACGUAGCUAGCUAGAUUCAUCAGCCGACUGCUACACAUAGCUAUCGCAAACGUUACUGGUUAGUUAGCUUGCUAAGUUACAGUGAUACCGCCACGUCUUCUUAACCUCCCACUGGGCUACUGAGUGACCCUUUACAAUGGCUGCUACAAGAAAACGAACGCGAAGAGGCAUCGAAGAUGUGAGCGACAGAAAAGCAAAGGUUAUUAAAUCCAGCGGUGAGAAGAGACACAUCGCAGCCCUUAUCCUGGCGAGGGGAGGCAGUAAGGGGAUCCCCCUGAAGAAUAUCAAAAUGCUCGCCGGUGUCCCCCUCAUCGGAUGGGUUCUGAGAGCUGCAGUGGACUCCAAACAGUUUGACAGUGUGUGGGUAUCAACUGACCAUGACGACAUUGAGAAGGUAGCCAAGGCAUGGGGAGCUCAGGUUCACCGCAGGAGCCCAGAGGUGUCCAAAGACUCCUCCAGCUCUCUUGACACCAUCCAGGAAUUCGCCCGAUUAAACCCAGAGGUGGAUGUGAUCUGUCACAUCCAGGCCACGUCUCCCUGCCUGCACCCCUUCCACCUGAAGGAGGCCCUGGAGAUGAUCACCAAGCAGGGCUUCACGUCCGUCUUCUCCGUGGUCCGACGACACCACUUCCGCUGGCAGGAGGUGAAGAAAGGAGGUAGUGUAGCCACCCAGCCUCUCAACCUGGAUCCAUCCAACAGGCCCCGGAGACAGGACUGGGAUGGAGAGCUGUGUGAGAACGGAUCUUUCUAUUUUUCCACCAGAGCCCUUAUAGAGGAAGGUGUUUUGCAGGGGGGGAAGUGGGCUUACUAUGAGAUGCUGCCAGAGUACAGUGUGGAUAUUGAUGUGGAUAUCGACUGGCCCGUGGCAGAACAGAGAGUACUGAGGUUUGGUUACUUUGGCCUGGACAAGCCUGAGGUGGUGCGUCUGCUGCUGUGUAACGUCUCCGGCUGUCUGACUGACGGCCGCGUCCUCAUCUCUGUCUCUGGAGAGGAGAUGGUCUCAGUCAACACCAGAGAUACUAUGGGUAUCCGCAUGCUGCAGAGAGAGGGGGUGGAGGUGAUCUUGAUCUCGUCCGGUGAGGACCCUGUGACCAAGGCCCUGGCUGACAAUCUAUCCCAGAGGACAGGCUGCGAGGUCAGGCAGCUGGGCAAGGACAUCCAGGGUGAGGUCAAAGCCAUGAUGGAUGACAAGGAUCUGGACUGGAAGGAGGUCGCCUAUAUGGGUAAUGAUGCACCAGAUGUUGACUGUCUGAUCCUGGCUGGGCUGAGUGCAGUACCCCGGGACGCCCCAGUGGUGGCGAUCAACGCUGCUAAAUACUCCUGCCACAGUGCUGCAGGCCUGGGGGCUGUGAGGGAGUUUUCUGAACACAUCCUGCUGCUCAAGAAGAAGGCCAAGUCUCAGAUGGAACAGGACCGCAUCCACAGAAAUACAUUCUAAACUCUAGAAUGUGUUCUAAAGUCACAGAGAUCCAUUCUAAACUCUCGAAUGUGUUCUAAAGUCACAGAGAUCCAUUCUAAACUCUAGAAUGUGUUCUAACGUCACAGAAAUACAUUCUAAAGUAGGGAUAGGCAUUAGAAAUAAUAUCAUGACAUUUUAUCGGAUAUCCAGAUAGUUUUAAUCAUGGACACUUGUUUGCUGCGCAGCCUGCAGGACUCGGGAGAUACUGUGGGGACAGGGACCAGGGGUGUGCGACAAAGGAGGGAGAGAAAAAGUAGCCUCUGACUCGCGCUAGUUAGACACUUGUAAAUGCCAUAGGUUAUCUAUCAUCCAAUAUGGCAGUGCAUGUCUUUACUGUCCUGAUCUACAACAACCCUGUUCAGAGUAAACAGCCUAUACUGAAGGUUGCUCAUUGUAGGCUACUCCUCAUUUAGUUUACUUAAUUCUGUCAUUUUAAUUCAACUUUUCUUUCAUUGCUUAGAGAUCUCCCACUUCACGUUGCUACACAUGGAGCCUCUGACUGUAGUGUCAACAACAGCAGGCUAAGUGAAAUCUGUGUAGGCUAAUACCGUAUGUAUUUUUAAAAUAUAUUCACAUUUGUGAUAUUUUAUUAAAUGAAGAAUUCCAAAUGUCAUGAGUGUAGAAAUGUCCCAUAGAUAAUUUUAUUCCGUUAAGAUGAAGCCUUGUCAUUGUUGAAAUAGGCAUGUGUAUACGAAUACUAAUGUCUGUUUGAAUAACUGUGCUCAUUGCUAGUUUUUACAGGUUGUCAGAUCAAGGUAGUUUGGGUUUUAUUUCGCUACAGGUUGUGUUGACAAAAAUGAAUGUCUUUAUUUUAAAUGAAGUAGUAUACAGGAGGCCUUUAAUUUACUUGAGAUUGAUUGUUUUUCUCUCCACUUUUUCAUGUUCUGUCUUAAUUUGGGGGGGAAAGUAUUAGGACAUUAACAUGGAGUUGCACUGAGAUUUGGGGUGUUUACUUUUGUAUUUUGCCUGCAAUUUGUUUGUCAAAUUAUAAAUGAUCAUAAACGUAAGAAACACUU